CGGAAGAAACAAGAGUGCGACGUGAACAUGUUCUUAAACUGGCUCCUAAAGGUGCCUGCUAUGCUGUAGCGAGUGGGGAGAGGAGGACCAGAUUGGGGCACAGAGGAUAAGAGAUGGGGAAGCAAAAGAAAGCAAGGAAGUAUGCGACUAUGAAGCGAAUGCUUAGUCUCCGAGAUCAGAGGCUUAAAGAAAAGGAUAGAUUAAAACCUAAAAAAAAAGAAAAGAAAGAUCCCAGUGCACUCAAGGAAAGAGAAGUCCCCCAACAUCCUUCCUGCUUAUUCUUCCAAUAUAACACACAGCUGGGCCCACCUUACCACAUCCUGGUUGAUACCAACUUUAUCAACUUUUCCAUUAAAGCCAAACUUGACUUAGUACAGUCAAUGAUGGACUGUCUUUAUGCCAAGUGUAUCCCUUGUAUAACUGACUGUGUAAUGGCUGAAAUUGAGAAACUGGGGCAGAAGUAUCGAGUGGCUCUAAGGAUUGCCAAGGAUCCAAGAUUUGAACGAUUACCAUGCACACACAAAGGAACCUAUGCAGAUGACUGCUUAGUGCAGAGAGUAACUCAGCACAAGUGUUACAUUGUGGCCACAGUUGACCGAGACCUUAAACGAAGGAUCCGGAAGAUUCCUGGAGUUCCCAUCAUGUACAUUUCUAACCAUAGGUACAACAUUGAACGGAUGCCGGAUGAUUAUGGAGCCCCUCGGUUCUAAUUCUUAAAAGAUAGAGUUCCUCUGCCUUCCUUUACCAACUUUUUCUGUUGCCGGUUCAUAUUAGCAACAUGCUAUAGCAUAAAUUAUUCUUCUUACCCUCUUCCUGUUAUGAGCUUAGUAUGGUUAAAUACACUCACUUUUUGGUAUUGUUUUGAAAUUGAUAUUUUGUAUCAUUUUAAAUAUUGUUGCAUUUUUGUAUAAAUCAGAUGAUUGCUCAUA